UCAGUUCGUUUUCUCAUCACAUCUUCCCUUGGAGCGAUUUUCUUUCCAACUAUGUCGGCAUCUCACUUUCUCGUCGUCUUCCUGCUCCCCUUCUCAUUUCUAGCUUUGUCACUCUGUAGCGGAUUUUUUGCGGCGCCGGUGACCUGUCCUCCGUCGGACGUAGUCGAAGUAGUGGAAGCUCAAAGAUCGCGGCAGUGCCCUCUAAGGAUCGAGCGCUCUGUUUCUGACGAGGUUAAUGGUGGCACUCUCGAUAGAGAGAUGAUUCAUGCUCAGGAUGGAACCUAUUAUUCAGCUUUUUUCUAUGCAUCGUGGCGCCCAUUCUCACAAAAGUGUAGAUCCAUAUUUGAUACACUCGGCUCCAUAUUUCCACAAAUAAGGCAUUUUGCAGUUGAACAAUAUUCUGCAAUGCCCAGUGUUUUCUCAAGAUAUGGGAUCCACGGGUUUCCUGCCUUGGUAUUGACCAGCAGAACAGCAAGCGUAAGGUAUCAUGGAUUGAAAGAUCUUGAUUCCUCGGUAUAUUUCUACAGAGAACUUACAGGACGAAAUGUUCAAUAGAGGAAAGUAUGAUGUUGGUCUGCAUCGCCUUCAAUUGACAUCAAAUCAAGGAUAUAUUACUUCCAAAUAUCUUUUGGGACUUUGGUGGUUUCGUGAUGAUUAUCUAGCUCAUAUGGAAUCAAUCUUUUGAACGAGAUAUCAAGUAAUAUACAUCAAUAUCAAAAACAAGCUUCCAAGAUCUUCAGCAAGAUGAUUGUCAAAAAUGGCCUUCAUUGCCUCUUAUUCUUUGUAAAGAUUGGUCAUGUAUAUCUUUAGUUUUGGUAGAAGAUUAUCUAUGGCUACCUGAGGUACAAGUGGAAAGAAGUUUCUGUAGCGAUGUUUGUAAAUGGAAUAAUGAAUACGAAAUUUUUGUAUCUAUGGCUACUUGGUAGGAGUUUUUUUGUUUGACUUAUUAUGUUAAAUUUGAGUCAUGAAAUCAUACAGCCUGUUGUGAUA